AUAGGAAUCCGUCAGCUGACUCGUAUGGCCGUCGCGCGACGCGAUCCGUAAAAGCGUGGCAGUUAUUCAUCCAUCGAACAAGCUACGUAAUUCGUUAUUUUUACUCCAUCGUCUAUCGAAAUUACUUCCCUAUCAAUUUACGGGAAUAGUGUUGAGUCCUAGUUAUUUUUCGAAUGUGAUGUAAAACAUGAAAGUUACGAUAAAAAGUUGGACGGGUGUUGCUACUUGGCGUUGGAUAGCGAACGACGACAACUGCGGCAUUUGCCGAAUGCCAUUCGACGCCAGUUGCCCAGAUUGCAAAAUACCCGGCGACGAUUGCCCUUUAGUGUGGGGCCAGUGCUCGCAUUGUUUUCACAUCCAUUGCAUCAUGAAGUGGCUGCACUCGCAGCAGACAAGUCACCUCUGCCCCAUGUGUCGUCAGGAAUGGAAAUUCAAGGAGUAAAUACCGCAAAUUAUAUAGUAUAAAAGAAAAAAUAGCCAUGUCGACUCUGCAAGGACUGCCUCCCUUGCCACGAAGCUUGAGCGGAUUCAACCUGAGCACCAACAGAGACGGAAACGAGCCGCCACCGCCACCCGCGAGGUCUUCUAG